AUGGCUCGGGAUAUGUCAGAUAAAGAAAUCCUGAAAAUGGAGUUGGAACAGUUGAAGAAGGAAGUUAGCACACCCAGGACACCAGUGGGUGCAAACUGCGCAGAAACGAUUGCUUUUGUGGAGAAUCUGCUGCCAAAUGAUCCACUGAUUAAGGGCGUCCCAGAUGACAAGAACCCCUACAAGGGAGACAAGGGAGGCUGCAUAAUAACAUAA